AAUGAAACCUUAAUAAUUGGAGAGGCAAAAGAUAUACCGGACUACUAGACGUCCGUAUGCCCGUUAGCCAGCAAUGAAUGGCGCCUAUAUAAUACUAGUAUGUCCUGAGACAGUGAUUGAGUGACUAUUCAUUGAGACAACAAAGGGACUUAGGUUGUUUGCUUGUCGCAUAAUCCACCCGAACUUCACCCCACAGGACACAAUAAUAAUGACGCUCCCUCUGCUCUCCGUCCGAGAACAAAAUCCCGAGCACUCCCUUUCAACAACAAAGGUUGAACAGUGGGAAGACUCCUUGAGAACCGAUCCUUCUCAACCCGGUGUAUUCGAAUGGUGGUACUUCGACUCGCACCUAUCCAAUGGCGGAAAGCUCAUGGUGGUAUUUCAUACCAAGCUCUUCUCCAGCCCUCAAGUCGGACUCGAACCCAAGAUUCAGAUCCAACUAGAGACACCCGACGGCCGAGUCUGCAAUGUCUUGCAAGCCUACAACCCAGAUGAGUUCCACUCCAGCACAGAUGAAUGCGACGUCACCGUCACCAGAGAUGGCGUUGUCAACUUCUUCCGUGGCACGGGGCUCAAGGAGUAUCGCAUUCGUGUGGCGGUGGAGAGUCUUGAUAUCGAUAUCCAAAUGACCAACACGACCUCGCCCUGGCGCCCUGGCAAGGGCCACGUGUGGUCCAAGAACAAUGAGUAUUUUGAUUGGUUUGUGGCGGUGCCCCAAGGAAAAGUCACCGCUACUUACACCAUUGCUGGCGAGUCGCCAGUCACGGUGGACGGCGAUGGAUACCACGACAAGAACUGGGGCAACGCGCCGCUCGCUCAGACGAUCAACCAUUGGUACUGGGGCAGAGGAACACUUGGGCCUUACACCGUCAUCUCCUCCGCAAUUGUUUUCUCCGAGAAGCACGACUCUGUUCUGGUCAAGACCUUCAUGAUCCAGCGCGAGGACACUGUCGUGGCCGAUGAUGGAUCCAAGGUCAGCUUCAUUGCCGAAGGCAUUGAGCAUGAUGACGAGGUUGACCGCCCUGUUGCCGACACACUUCAGUUCGAAUACCGGAACGAAGGUACUGUCUUCGUCAUUGAGUACUUUAGAGAAGAAACCACACUACGCCAGCAGAUGAGCGGAGCGUGGUAUCUCCGUUUUGCCGGUGGGAUGAAACUCAAAAAGUACCAAAACAACGAGCUGAUCGAAGAACAUGGGGGCCAUACUCAAUGGGACUCGAUGUGGUUUGGACAAGGGUGCAAAGAAACUCUUCCCUACUGGAAAUGAGAAGCUUGAGGAUGACCAUGGCUUGUGAAGCAAUUUGAGGAGAGCUACAGCGAGCCGUCUUAUCCAAGAUUCUCGAUGUGGGAGAAGACAAGGAUCACAAAGGCAGGAGGAGAGAACGGCAGUGCCCAGAUAUAAAUAAUUAGCUUU